AUUUGGCUUCAGUAGAUUGUGCCGUGAAGAGGAGAAGAAGGACAGCAACGGCAGCGCAGCGAAGGGAGCAGCAGUGCGCUGGUGAAAAAAAAGACAGCGAAAGGAAAAAAAUAACAAUGAAAAGGACGCACGAACGCUUUGCAGUUCACCAGUAACUAAACUAGUCUUUUUAAAUUGAAGUCAAUGACGUAGAAUCGUCUACGCAAGUGCUUUAAAGGUUAGCAGCUGGCUAAAGCGAGACAGGGCUGUGUCAUUGAGAAGGCAGGACACGUCAAGACGAGGAAGGGAGAAAAAAUUAGACACUGCUGUCGGAUUAAAGAUCCCCACUCCAUAAUAUCAGAUCACCAGUCUAUUCGAGCUUCUGCGUUAGUUUGCGUGGUGGUAAUAUCUGGAACGAGUGUCUGCCCUCAGUCAUCGCUCGGAUCAGCUACUAAGGGCAUAGGAAGCAAGAAUAACUGUUGGGACCAAGUUAAACUGGAGAACAUAAAUGGGGGAUUACGGGUUUGGAGUCUUAGUGCAGAACAACACUGGCAACAAGUCUGCUUUCCCAGUUCGAAUCCACCCUCACCUGCAACCGCCACAUCACCACCCCAAUGCAACCGCCAGCCCCGCCGCUUUCAUAAACAGCACCCCGGCUGGGAAUGGCAGCAGCAGCGCUUCGACCUGGCUGUUCCCGGCAGCUGGAGGCCACAACAACAUGCAAGAUGAAAUUUUGGGCUCGGAUAAACCCAAAGUACAGCAGCAGGAGCUGCAGGAGACCCAAGACAAACAGCAGCAGCAGCAGCUCUCGCCUGGACAUCAGGAGAGCACCAUCAUCUCUGAACUGGAAAAGGCUCGUGCCGAAGAAGGUAAGGUGGAGAGUGGGUCGUCUGAAGGGACCAAUGGCAAAGAGAAGCUGCGUUUGGAGUCGCCAGUGCUGACAGCCUUUGACUAUCAGGAGCCCUCGGGACUGGGCACAGCAGCCCAGUCCAGCACCUCCUCCUCCCUGACCAGCUUCAACAACUGGUCGGCUGCUAUUCCCGCCACCCCCUCCACCAUUAUCAACGAGGACAUCAGCUUCUUCAACCCGGCCGCCUCGGCCAACAACGGCCCUCUUCUGUUCCAGAACUUCUCCCAUCACGUCAGCCCAGGCUUCGGUGGCAACUUCUCCCCUCAGAUUGGUCCCAUCUCCCAGCACCACCCACCCCACCCCCACUUCCAGCACCCUCACAGUCAGCACCAGCAGCAUCGUCGUUCUCCUGCCAGUCCUCAUCCACCACCGUUCCCCCACCGCAGCGCCCCCUUUGGCCAGCUGCCGCAUCUCUCCAACAACCUGAGCAAGCCUCCCUCACCAUGGGGCAGCUACCAGAGCCCCUCGCCCUCUCCUUCUUCAACAUCCUGGAGCCCAGGUGGGGGUUAUGGUGGUUGGGGCGGCUCUCAGGGCCGCGAGUACCGCCGAGGCUUGAACGGGGGCAUGACACCACUCAACUCCAUCUCUCCACUCAAGAAGACCUUUCCAAACAACCACAUGCCCCAGCAGAAAUACUCCCGCGCCAGUCCCGGCUUUAAUCCUAAAUCCUGGAUGGAUGACAGGAGCGAGAACAUCUUCCCAUUCCAGGAUCGUCCCCGCUCAUUCGAUGGCUUCAACAUGCAUUCUCUGGAGAACUCUCUGAUUGACAUCAUGAGGGCUGAGCAAGACACUCUGAAAGGUCGCCUCGGAUUCACCCAUCCAGGAGGAGACAGCCCCUUGCCCAUAAAUGCAAGGAAUUAUGGGAGGCGACGAGGACACUCUUCUCUGUUCCCGAUGGAAGAUGGCUUCCCGGAUGAAGAGCGGGCCGAUCAGAGCCUGCCAGGCCUCAGUUCCCCUCACUGCUUCCCACACCAGAAUGGAGAGCGGGUGGAGCGCUACUCUCGCAAAGUCUUUGUGGGUGGCCUUCCUCCUGACAUCGAUGAAGAUGAGAUAACUGCUAGUUUUCGCCGCUUUGGACACCUGUUUGUGGAUUGGCCUCACAAAGCAGAGAGCAAGUCAUACUUCCCCCCGAAAGGCUACGCUUUCCUCUUGUUUCAAGAUGAGAGCUCCGUUCAAGCCCUUAUCGAUGCCUGUAUUGAAGAGGACGGAAAACUCUACUUGUGUGUUUCCAGCCCCACCAUCAAAGACAAACCUGUCCAAAUUCGCCCAUGGAAUCUUAACGAUAGUGACUUUGUGAUGGAUGGAUCACAGCCGCUGGACCCCAGGAAGACCAUAUUUGUGGGUGGAGUGCCACGUCCACUGCGUGCAGUGGAGCUGGCGAUGAUCAUGGACAGGCUGUAUGGCGGUGUGUGCUACGCAGGCAUCGACACAGACCCAGAGCUGAAGUACCCCAAGGGCGCAGGGCGGGUCGCCUUCUCUAAUCAGCAGAGCUACAUUGCUGCUAUCAGUGCUCGUUUUGUACAACUGCAGCAUGGAGAAAUCGAUAAACGGGUGGAAGUGAAGCCAUACGUCCUGGAUGACCAGCUGUGUGAUGAAUGUCAGGGGACUCGCUGCGGAGGCAAGUUUGCUCCUUUCUUCUGCGCUAACGUGACCUGUCUCCAGUAUUACUGUGAAUAUUGCUGGGCGGCGAUCCACUCGCGCGCCGGCCGGGAGUUCCACAAGCCCCUGGUGAAGGAAGGCGGCGACAGACCUCGUCACAUCUCCUUCCGCUGGAACUAAAGCCGGCGGGACGGGAGGAGAAGAGCGGGAACGAGCAGGAGACGGGAGGAGCGUAGCCUAGGAGGAGUCGCAAAAUCAUCAUCUAAAUAAAUGCACUUUUCUGUUGCUGGUUCCUUUUUAGUUUAAUUUAAGAAGAAGAAAAAAAAGACAAACGACAAAAAAAUGGAUUUUAAUUUGUCAUUUAAUAUAUAUGAAAAAAAAGAAGAUUCAGGAAGAAAAAGAAAAUGUCUAAUCCAUCUCUCUAUUUUUUUAUAACUCCAUUCUAUUUAAUUUUUAAGUGCACAGAGAUGUGAAUAUAUUGAGUAUUAGUAUAAUUUGUCAGUAGGUAUCUGCAUGACUUUAGAAUUGGCUUUGUUUUCGUUUAACCUUGCGAUUUGGGAAGUAUUACGUCCUAUUUUAAUUUAACGGAAAAGGCGAAGGAGCAAACGCGAAUAGAGAGAAAAGGUGCGGGAAGAGUGCACUUAUUUCUUUACAGAUGUGUGGUUUAAGAUCUCAGUUGUUAACCAAAGCUUGGGAUUUAACGAAAACAGAUGAAGCGAAUUCUCUCGACGCUCUGUUUUUAUUUCGUGCGUGUGUAUACUUUAAGACCAUGCUAAUCUUUAAUGUUGACAACAACUGAUUCCACAACAGCUGUCUGGAUUUGAUCUCCAUGCAAGAAAACUAAUACCUCAAGCUUAGCUGCUAGUUUAAGUCGAAUAUAUAUUUAAAAACGACAAAAAAAAAAAUCAAGCUGGUCUAACCCGUUCCCCUCAGGACGGCAGAAAAAAAAGGAAGUGACAUCAGCAAACAGCACAUUGAGAAAACCUGCUCUGUCGCUUCCUGAUUAGAAUUGGAGAUUCAGCAUCCUCGUGGGGAAUGUACGUUGGUAAAGUUGCAGUAGUCUGCCUGCAAAGCUGGUUCGAACGCGAGGAACUUGAUUUCGUUUCUGGUCCUGCUUAGCGUCCGCGUUCUUUCAGGCUGUUAGCGGCAAGCCUUCGUUUUUUAAUUUUGUUUUGUUUUAGCAAUAUGUCUCGCCUUUCCCCAGAAGCCCCCCUCAAAAAGAGGUGUACGUACGAGCAGAACAGCUACUUGAAAGGGAGGAAGACAAUGAAGCUCCUGUACUGCAGCCGCAGUGUUGAAGUGUGAAGCAUAACUGAAGGUAGUCCAUGCAUCUCUCCUCCCCCCAACACUCACUUUCAGACAUUAGGGAACCAAAGAUGGCUGUUUUGGUAGCUAGUAAAACCAUGGACGUUUGCAGAUUUAAUUUUGCCCCCCCUUCGCCCAACCCCCAGUCCAUCCCAUUCGAUAUAUAAAGACCAGACGGGCUCCAGCAAACCAAAGAUUGGCCUUGAAUCCAUCAGUCCUAGUAACACUAGUGAAAACCCUCAAACGAAGAACACGCGCAUAAUUCGUCAGGUAACGGCCAAUUCUCGGAAAACCGAUUAGCGCUAACGUCAGGGAGUCAGUGAUCAGUUGAUACACUAGUGAGAAACUGCGUCACUCGAGCUGGUGGUGGUCGAACGUUUUCAAAGCGAAACACUUUUUGAAGAAUUUGCUGUUAACGCGAAACGAAAAACGAAAAAAAAAAAAGAUUAUUUUAUACAUGGCCUGCUGAUUUUUUGGUACAGUGUUUUCUAGCUAAAUUAUUUUGUCAUGCACAUAUAAACAUUUAUUAUGCACUACUUUUCUAAAUACGUUUUUUUUUUCGACAGUCAUUUUAGGCACAUUUUUCACGAAACGGAAAAAAAAAACUCCUUUUUGCAAUACCUCAAUUUUUCACAUUGUGAAAGGUAGCUUUUGUACUUUUGUUACUGAGAGAUCUGCAUAUAUGGAAACUUUCAUUUGAAGAGAAAAGUGAAUUUAAUAUAUCUUAUUUUCAAUUAUGCUUUUUAUACAUUUCAGUGCUGAGGAAUCUUUACAGCUAAAGCAGCACGCACUUGUGUUGACGCGACAAAUCUGCAGAGGAGAGAGAGCGCUCUUGUACACUAGAUUUCAAUUGGGAAAAAAAUGAUCUGACAGCAGCAUGGUAAGAACAACGUUGUCGUUCAUGUUAAGCAAAAGCUCGUCUUUUUGGUUUCCUCUCUCCAUAGCUGGAACUUAAACUAUAAUAUAAGGAGAAUGCUAAAUCCGGUCAGUUCACGAGAAUGGAUGUUUGAUGUUUAGAUAUUUUAACAUUUGAAAAUAAACAUAUAUACAUAUAUAUAUAUUCUUGAACUGCCAACUAGUUCCUAUUGUAACCCUUAGCAUGCAUGAUGAGAAGAGAAAAUAAGAAAAAAAAAAACGUACAUGAAUUAGCUCUUGAAAUUAAUCGUUGUGGUUGUGCACCAGAUGUUUCUAAAGCUUUGAUUUGAGGCCACCCCCACUACCUUGUUAUUAUUCUCUAUGCCUUUCCCCGUAAUCCAGUAUCGAUAGGAUGCACAGAGGAAAAAUACAGAUAUAUAUAUAUAUAGAUAUACAUAAGAAAACAACUAUUUGCAGUGCAGGACGAACGCAUCUUCUUUAGUACGCUGUGUCGAAAAGACUUGAGAACUUCAUCCCCACUGUCUGUUUGAAGUAAAUCCAAACCCGUUUGGAGGAAGGGGAACUUAAGACUUGAAUGUGGUAAAUAUGUUGCAAGUUAACGUCGAGUUGUUAUGUGCAAUACUUUUUUUGAACUUUUUUUCCAGAUAAAAAAAAGAAAAAACAAGACUCUUUGCAAUGUAAUUCUUUAAUGCCAUUUUUAAUUGCCGACAUUUAAAGAAGAUGUUAAUAUGUUUUUCACAGUCAUUUUCUACUGUUAUUGUAAUCCUUUUCAUGCUGGUGUUUGUAAAAAAGAAACGGAUAAAAAAAAACCCCGAAAUCAACCUAUUUGUACUAAUAUAAAUGAUCGAAGUUAUUUUUAAAACAUUAAAGGUUUUGUGCUCAUUUUGCUUAUUUUGUUUCUUUGGAGCUACUGUGAUUGAUCGCAUUGUAAUUAUUAGGUCAACGAUGUAUCUAGCUGUUUAUCGGUCUAUUUUUAAUUGGAAUGUAUAAUUAAUUUUUAUAAUUUUGAUCAGAUUUUUGUUAUAUUUUUGAGGUGAAGCUUUUAAUAUGUUAAAGUGUCUAGUUUUUACUAAUUGCUAUAUUGUGCUCCACAAUAUAUGGUUCACAUUUUCUGAAGGAAAAUAAAUAUUUAAAUAUCUGUCUGUUAACGAUGUUACUUAAUGGCGAAAAUUUCAAUAGUUUUUAACUGUGUAUGGGAAGGUUGUCGUAUUUAUUAAUAGCAUUUUUUUACUUAAGAUAUCACCUUAAUUUUUAUUGUCAUUUCACUUUAUAAGUUCCUAUUUUUGUAUUUUGCUUUCUAAUUAAGUUAUGUUAUACGAAAUGUUCAUAUUCUAGGAGUUGGUCUGUAAGUGCUAGUGAAACGAAAAGAAAAAUCUAAUGUUAUUUAAUUGUUUGCAGCCAACUAUUUAUAACAAUAUGCAUAAUUUUUAAAUAUUUGUAAUGUGAAAUGUUGAAUGAAUAAAACUUAACUGUGACAA